CGUUGAAGAAGAAGAAGAAGAAGUAGAAGUAGAGGAUUCUCAACGCCCCUUGGAAAUCUUUACCCCCUCACCAUGGAGGAGUGUUGAAAUCUUUUCUUCCAAUCUUCUAUCUCCCUUGGUGCUGGAAUCAUACAAUAAAGAGAUACAAUUGUUGAAAAGGGAAGUGAAUGCAAUGUUAAUGGCAACAGCAGCAUCACCAGACGUUGCAGAGACUGUCCGAGUAAUUGACGUAAUUACUCGACUCGGUCUCUCCUACCAUUUUGAGGAAGACAUAGAAUUUCUACUCAAUCAAAUGUUUGAAAGUGGUGAAGCUACUAAGGUUAUUCUUCACAAUCAUGACCUCUUCACUGUGGCUAUGAUGUUUCGAGUCUUUCGCCAACAUGGUUAUGAAAUGUCAUGUGAUGUGUUUCAGAAGUUCAAGGGGGGCGAUGGAAGAUUCAAGGAAACGUUAUCGAGUGAUGCAAUGGGAUUGCUAAGCAUGUAUGAAGCUGCGUUUUUAAGUCUGCCCAAUGAAGACAUACUUGAUGAAGCCCUAGAAUUCAGCAUGCUUCAUCUCAAGUCCUUAAUAAUGUCUUCCAAUGGCAAUAGCCCAUUGGAAGAAGUUAUUGUUGCACCCCACCUUAGAAGCCACAUAGCAAAUGCCUUGAGAAUGCCCAUCCACAAGGAAAUCCCAAGAUAUGGGGUUCACCAAUUCAUUACUUAUUUUGAUCAAGAGUCCUCGAAAAGUGGUGUACAAGAAGAGAGUCUGCUCCGAUUUGCGAAGAUGGAUUACAACAGGUUACAAAAUCUAUACCGACAUGAGGUUUGUGAAUGUCUAAGGUAAGCGUUCCUCGACCCCUGCCUCUAAUUAACUUACACCCAAAACUGGACCUCAUGUCAUUACCCGGGGUGUCAGCCAAGUAAUGUAAACCGCCAACAAUGCUCCGAAAAUGAGAAAUAUCCUUGAAAGGCAACGAAGGCUUAGUGAUAGGUCUCGUAGCCAUAGGAGUAAUAGCCGGAUGACAGUCGGACAUCCCAGCUCGGCGUAGAAGAUCACGGGCAUAUUUGGAUUGAUGGAGAAGUAUAGAAUCUUGCGUGCGCUGAACCUCAAUGCCAAGGAAGUAAUGAAGAGGUCCNUGCUCA